AUGGAGACGAUAACAUACUGCUUCGGUCUACGCAAGACAGGCGGUACAGGAGAACGUGAGCCAUUGCUGCCUCAGUACAAUGACGACACAGCUCUGCAGCAGCAGCUUCAUGCCAAGCUCCACAGUUAUCAAAUGUUCCGGGCCAUGUCGAUGGGAUAUAUGCCGAGCACUGAGCAAACCAUCAUCAACCUGAGGACCAUCUUGGCCAGCGAUGUGCUCAAUGCCAACAAUGGGGAGCUGUCGGAGAGCGGGAGGAAGCUGGUCAAGUAUACCCGGCAAUGGCUGCAGCAGUUCAUGGACCUGCUGCAGCACAAGAACGAUCGCGAUCAGAUCCAAGAUCUGAUCUGGUACUUGAGCAAGAGCAGAAUUAUGAUCGAUACUGAAGAUAUUGCUCGACGCGCCAAGAAGACCAAAGCCAAGGCGGAUACGGCUGCUGCAUAUCAGAGCAUCAAGACUGUCGGGUCGCUGCUGCUCACGAACAGCGACUUCCGGCUAUUCUUGAACGACCUGACCAUCAUGGGCAGAGAAGUGUUCAAAGAUUCAGCUUUCACUUUGUCGCAGGUAGCCGAAAAGGCUGGCAAGCAGAUCGAGCCUUCGGACAAGCAGAAGCAGAAGUUAAUCGACGUUGGGAACGAUGCAGACGAGGCACCACCUUCUGCUCAAGACCUGGCUGGUGAGGUCACAGAUGUCACCAAAGUCGUGGCCAAUGGUACAGCCGAGGUUGCCAAGACUGCUGCUCAGAGUACGGAGGAGAAGCUGGAAGGCGACGAGGGCAAGACAAUGCUCAACCGUCUCAAGCAGGCCGUGAUCAAGCUUCGUCAGCGUAACGACUAUUCGGAUUCUGUUUCCACCUUGGGUACACUCAUCCAGCGUUAUGCUGUGAUCUACUCUCGUGCUGCGGAAGACGUCCAGAACAUUGCUGAGCAGGAUACAUUUACAAAUGCUGAGCUUGAUCGGGCCAUGAAGAACGCUUGGGUAUUGGUUACGAGCUUCGGGGAUAAGGACGAGUGGAAGAAGACUGAGCAAGCUUUCCACAAGGUCAUGGAUCAUAAAGAAGGAAACCCCAAAUUCGAGAACAUGAUGCAAGAAGUUGGCAGCUCGCUGCAAAAGCUUCUCACGGAUCCCGAUUUCUUCGACAAUGCGCAAGACAAGCUGAAGGAGCUCCGCGAGAAGAGCCAGAGUGCUAGCGAGGGUAGUGGCAUCAACGAAGACAUCCAGAGCUUCUUGCGCCAAGUCGAGGUCACACUCCGCAGCGUUCUCGAAGACAAGGACAUCCACAACCUCAUCGAAACAAGCACCCGACUAGCCACGACUCUGUCUCCCACCAACGCAGUCACAAACCCAGAACUGCUUGAAGACGCCAUCAACGUCUUCGUCCCUCUCCUCAUCUCCGCCGUCCAACACAUCCCUAUCCCACGCCUCGAAAUCAGCACCCCAGACAUCGACAUGCUCCUUGAAAACCUCAUCAUCGAACCCGGCAAGACCGUCAACCAGACCUCUUUCCUCCCUUACCGCCUAAAGGUAGAAACAUACAACGACUUUGAGCUCCGCAAAGCCAGAUUCCGCACCACCACCUCCACCACCUCCCUCAUGACCAUCAAAAUCGACGGCCUCUCCGCCCGCGCCGACGAAAUCGGCUUCUGGCUCCGCGCCCAUUCAGGCCUCUUCCGCCUCGCAGACGAAGGUAUCGCCGGCUUCGCUCUCGACGAGAAGGGGAUAGAUAUCCACAUCAACGUCGAGAUCGGCAAAGAAAAGCUCGAGCAGAUCCUCACGCUCAAAGCUGUCCGCGUCCACAUCCACAAACUCAACUACGCCGUCCGCAAGAGCAAAUUCUCCUGGCUAGGCUUCCUGCUCAAACCGCUUUUGCGACCUAUCAUCCGCAAAACCAUGGAGAAGCAACUCGCGUCCGCCUUAUCCGAUUUCUUCCACGCCGCCAACCGCGAACUCCUCUACGCCCGGGAACGGCUCCGCGCGACUCGCAUCAGCAACCCAGAUGACCUUCUCACUUUCUUUAAGGCUGUGGCGGCUCGACUCACGCCCGCGGAUGAUCCGGAUAUGUACUCACGUAUUGGUGUCGAUGCGCCGAGCAGUGGUAGGGUGAAGAAGAAUGUUUUCACCGGUGUCUAUGCGCCGGGCAGUAUUGCUAAGACGUGGCAUGAGGAGGCGGAUAGGGCGGCGGAGCAGGUUGACGAUUUUAGGGCGGAUGGGUGGCGGAAUGGGGUUUUUGAUACGCAUGUUAGGGCUAUGGGGGUUUAG